GAGCGGCCACUCAUCAGCCCCAUUCACACUAACUUUACGACGGGAAGCAAACUUUCUAAAACUCCACCUUGCACAAUAUAUCAACGGUUUCAUUUCUCGCCAGAUUUUUCCUUCUCACCAUGGCAUCUUCACCAGGUUCCCAGACUCUCAGCAAAGACGAUGUCCAUUACAGGCUUCAUUUCCGGAUGAUAAACGAGCAGCAAGUGGAGGAUAUCACCAUAGAGUUCUUCUACAAACCUCACACCAUCACGUUACUGACGUUCACCGUAAUCAGUAUUAUGUACUUUGCGUUCACCAGAAAUGAUGCAGAUCACGACAAUAACCUGCGGGUGGGCCUCGCCCUUGUUGUCUCCUUUUUCCUUGUCAUCAGUGUCCUGGCUUUCCCCAAUGGGCCGUUUACCAGGCCACACCCAACUAUAUGGCGCAUGGUUUUUGGUCUCAGUGUCCUCUACUUCCUUUUUUUGGUGUUCCUCAUCUUCCUGAACUGGGACCAAGUAAAGCUCUUGAUGUACUGGCUGGACCCCAAUCUGCGUUAUGCGACACGUGAGGCAGAUGUUAUGGAAUAUGCAGUAAAUUGUCACGUGAUCACGUGGGAGCGCAUCCUCAGUCACUUUGACAUUUUUGCCUUUGGGCACUUCUGGGGUUGGGCCAUGAAAGCUCUGCUCAUCCGCAGCUACGGACUCUGCUGGACCAUCAGCAUCACGUGGGAACUGACAGAGUUAUUCUUUAUGCACCUACUUCCUAACUUUGCCGAGUGCUGGUGGGACCAGGUCAUUCUUGACAUCCUGUUGUGUAACGGAGGCGGUAUCUGGCUCGGCAUGACCGUGUGCAGGUUUCUGGAGAUGCGCGCUUACCGCUGGGCCAGCAUCAAGGACAUCCACAGUGCUACAGGAAAGCUAAAGCGUGCAGUUCUCCAGUUUACUCCAGCCAGCUGGACCUACGUGCGAUGGUUUGACCCCAAAUCUUCUUUCCAGAGAGUGGCAGGGAUUUAUCUCUUUAUGAUCAUCUGGCAGCUUACAGAACUGAACACAUUCUUCCUGAAGCACAUAUUCGUGUUCCAGGCGUCUCAUCCCCUGAGCUGGUGUCGAAUCCUCUUCAUCGGGAUCAUCACUGCCCCCACUGUGCGGCAGUACUAUGCUUACCUUACGGACACUCAGUGUAAAAGGGUUGGAACUCAGUGUUGGGUGUUUGGGGCUAUUGCCUUCCUGGAAGCGCUGGCAUGUAUUAAGUUUGGCCAGGAUCUCUUCUCUAAAACCCAGAUCAUGUAUGUGGUCUUGUGGCUUGUGUGUGUGGCCUUCAUUACCUCUCUCUGCCUGUAUGGGAUGGUGUGGCAUGAGCAGAAUUAUGGCGGGAGGCAUACAUUACAGAGCACGUCCGACUGUGAUGAGAGCAGUUUCGACUCCUGUGGUUACGUUCCUGACAGCGUUAAAGGUGAAAGACACUCGAGCAACUCCCAGCUUUUACGCCAGAGAAGAAGACAACCAGCGAAAAACAAAGCUAACGGAGCAAGCAGCAAACAGUGACCACGUUGAAGGCAGAGUGUCCAUGCAAGACAUUAAAUGGUUUUCAAGAAUGUAAAUCAGAGAAUCAUGUGUAAGAGCAGAUCACGAAAAAAAACACGGUUCUACAAUGAACUCUAUCAUCAUCCUCAUUAGGGCACGAAAACAGCUUUAUGCACUUAAACUGCAUUUAAGCACUUCAGCUUAUUCCUCUUUAUCACUGUUACUAAUUGGAGAGUUUUGUACUUAGGGACUUAGGGAUAAGAAAAAUGCUAAUAAAUAUAUUUAGAAAUGUCUUCACUUGAAACACAUUUUUGGUCACCUUUUAAACACCUGUAGGAAGUUACAUAAUGAUGUACUUGUCUAGCUACAUUCCUGUAAAAUACUAUCAGCUCAACCAUUUAUCAACAGAGCCACAGUUAAAGACUUUCUUUACUGUACCGGAUAAACCUCUUCAACCCAAAUACACCUGUUUAUGAAAUAACAUACAUGAACAGCUAGACUAAGACCGACCAAAGCGAAUCCAGUCAGAGGUGACCUGCACAUUUCUAUUGCACUAUACUAAAGUUUACUGAACCAAAACAAGAUUUUUUUUUUUUUUUUUUUUUUUUCUUCAAUCGCCUGCAAGUAGUUUCCAUUUAGACUGAUUUUUUUUUCCUUUUUUCAGUUGCAGAGCCACAGUUUCUUGACCUUCUCAGUAUGUCAGUGCUUGUUUCUAAUAAUUAUUUAUCUGAUUUAUGUUUGAAGCUUAUGUAAUAAUAGAUGUCGCUCUAUACUGGCUUUUCGUAAGCGAUAUAUGAUGAAAGCUUGAGUAUUAACCGAUACCGAUACAAUCCAACAAUAUUUUCUUUAAAACACAAGAAUAAAUACAUAGAUAAAACACAAUUUACAUUUAAUAUUGUUUUAACGCUUUCAUUUACAUAACAAAUAUACCAGCUAUAACAAAGUAUAACUACAGAAACUCGGGGCUGAAUUUUUGUGAAAUUUUUGAGAAAUCCAAGUUCUUUUUUUAUUCAAUGCAUUAAAUCUGUUCAUCUGUAGUAACAAUAUAAAAUUAUAAUCUCGCCAUUGCUUCUAUUAUGCUGUAAUUGUUUAAAGCAAGGGUUCUUCUUGUGUUAAAAAAUAACAAAAACCCAGAUGCGUUCACUGAGCACACGUUUAUUUUCCGAACAUAAUUAACAUCUUAAAUAUUUGGCACAUUUUUUGAUGAGUGCAAUAUUUUACCUAUUUAUUAGAGUCUUUCUAGUUUGAAGGAUAAUAGUAUAGUAUGUUAUAAUAAUUAAAAAAAUUCAGGAUUAUAAAAAAGACUUGAGCACAAACCCUGCUCUCAAACCCGCAUCUACCUUAGAGAUCCGUGGCUUAAAAGCUUUUCUUCGGCAAACGUGUAACUGUGGCGAUGCUACUGGAAAAAUAUAAUUAGCGUUUGUGUAUGUGUUUUGUCGGUACGAAGUACAGAAUGUGAUUUUGUUUUCUUGUUCUAUUUAAUUACUUUACUCCUUUUUCUAUUUCCCACAUUAAUGUUUGCUGUUGCACAAAGUUCUUGUUUAAUGUGGCACCAACAAUCAACUAAUAUAAAAGGGUGUACUUCUCACUUUAUACAUGCACUUAAUAAUCAAUGUGUUUUUAUGCAAAAUAACAUUUUAUGCAGUAGAUUAGGCUUUAAUAACUUAAUAAUUUGUUUCUAAAGACACACUAAGGAUUUGUAACCCUGUUGGACUAAAGUCAGGACUUAAUAGGUCUAAUAAUCAGUUGUGUAAUGUCAGUUCAUCAUCUUUAGGUGGUGCUGUUUCACUUUUUCUAGUUUGAUGCAUUUAUUAAACAACUGAACACUGACAGUGAAAGUAAUUUCAUGCCAGUUCUAUUUUCUGGGCUGCAGAUGGUCUGAUGAUUUGGAGGGUUUUCCCUUUAUUGAUUGACCACUAUUCCUGAGAGCCAGAAUAAAAAAACAAUAGUCUUUUGGUAUGAUAGUAUUAUUGUUACAUUUUUGGUACUAUUUCCACUUUGGGGAAUUUCAUACUUAUUUUUUUUUUAUUAUUGAUUUGUGAAGGACUUGUGUAAUUUGUAACUGAUCACUUUGACCCAAUGGUUUAUCAAAGCACUAAAAAAAACUGCCACUGAAACAAGCAUUUAGAUAUCUGUCUAAUUUCAGCAUUGCCACAAGAACCAGUGUUCAAAUCAAAAUGUUUCAUGAUUUCGUGAGAAUGAUUGGGGUCAUUUGUUUUAAAUAUAGAAUAUACAAUGAAACAUCAUUGAUUUUCCAUAACUGUUUUUUCCAUCAAUGCUCACAUUAGUAUCGCCGGAUUUUAUUGGUCAGUCAGUAUAUCAGUCAGGUCUUAUGAGCACAAUGAAAAGAUGUGGAAGUGUUUGGACUGUCAGCUGACAUAAAAAAAAAAUCAAUAAAGCACUCAAGAACAAAUGGAA